CAUCCGGAAACUUGAACUUCGGUAUCUCGCACGUGACAGGAGUUUCAUAAUUCAGCUGCAUGAGUGCAGUGGCACGACGUCUGAUUAAAGUUGGUCUCACCAAUUUGCACAAGACCUCCUACCUCCAAACACGAAACAUGUCAGGGGAUAUUUCAGGAAUGAGAAAGCCAUACCGAACUCAAAAAGAAUUAUUUGAUGUCCAGCAUCUGGUAGCCAAGGAGCCAUUCGAACAGUUUCGCCAUUGGUUUGACGAGGCCAGCGCAGUAGAUGGGAUAGAGGCAAAUGCCAUGUCACUGGCUACUGCUGCAAGGAAUGGUGCGCCAUCGGUCAGAAUGGUCUUACUCAAAGGUUUCAGCACAGAGGGCUUCACCUUCUUCACAAACUACCAGAGCAGGAAGGCAAAAGAACUGGAGGAGAACCCUAGGUGCAGUCUCAUGUUCUACUGGGAGCCCCUGAAGAGAUGUGUGAGAGUCGAGGGGAGCGUGGAGAAGGUGUCGGAGGAGGAGUCCUUGACGUACUUCCAGUCUCGGCCGCGUGACAGUCAAAUUGGUGCCAUUGUCAGUCAGCAGGGCCAGGUGAUCACCAGCAGAGAGGCACUUGACAAGAGGAAUGGAGAACUACAGAAGGAAUAUUCCAGUGAGAGCAAGGACGUCCCUAAGCCUGAUUACUGGGGCGGCUACCUGGUUCGUCCCACAGUUGUUGAGUUCUGGCAGGGGCAGUCCAACCGACUUCAUGACCGCAUUGUCUUCCGUCACCUUCAGCCAGGGGAGACAAUCAAUACAGAAACCACCCACCAGGGGGACAAUGGCUGGGUGUAUGAGAGACUCUCCCCAUAGACUUUCAUGUGGUGUCUUUGUAUACAUUUGUUUCUCCCAAGCCCAAGUGUUUCUGCAUCAGUAACAAGACAAAGGAUUGCUUUUCUGCUCAUAUAUGGAAAUUAUUAUACAUUUCAUCUUUGUUGGUUUACGGAUCCACCCACCAAAAUGAAAACUAGCAAAAUGAAAAUAGAAUUUUAAUAACUUUUCUGUUUUUUUAAUACCACUAAAUUAAAAUGUUAAAUCGAAAUAAGUCUGAAAUUAGUUUAUGCUGAAAAGAGGAUUUAUUGUGAAAUAUGAAAUGCAUAGCGAAGUGUUUACCACAAAGUUUGAAGUGAUGUCGACUGAUAGGACUUACGGCCCUUUGAUAGGACAGGAGGUUGUGCAGUUGUUUAGGUGCGAAAUGGUAGCAUUCGUUUUUCUCAUGAGUGCUGUGGAGGGGCGUUAGUUCAGGAGAUUCUGAAAGUUUAUAAGGAGUUUUGUUAAAAUUGACCAUUUACAUGUUCACAGAGUAGACACAAUUUAUGGAUAACGUCUUCUUGAUACUUUCAUAGCAACAUUUUAGUAUAGACCCUUUACCGUUGCAAACAAGAAAUUGUCUCUACUUUGUCAUCCAUCAACUUCUAAGAAAUACCUAUCAGACAAUCCUCUGACAUGUUCAUUUGAAGACCAUUAUAUUUUGACCACCAACAUUGUAAGAACAAAACAAAAUUCCGUAAACCAACUAAAAACCUUUUUUGCCAAAAACAGUAAAUUGAUUCUACAUUUGUGACACUGGUGGUGGAGAAAUCUGUAAGCCAAGUUAUUUUGAACACAGCAUGCCUAGGCUACUUUGUUGUAGAAAAAGCCAGUGAAUACAAGAAUGAAAGAAGAG